CUACUAUACUACUAUUCCCAGCGCCGCUUGAGCAUCUCAAAUUUUACAAUUUUUUUAGAUCCUUGCCUUUUCUAAGUCAGAUCUAGCUGAGCAUAUGACCCUACCUGUGCUGUGUUACUCUGGUCGGCUUGGCUUUUAAAUAGUGACUUCCCAUUGUGACUUGGAGCAUUCUCCCCACUGUGUCGCCUGCCCCAUAUACUUGUCUUUCAUACGUUUCCAGCCACGAAGCUAUUCAACCUUUCAUUCCCGCAUGGUCGUUCAGGCAUCCAUGGAAAUGGGGUCGUCCAUCACCUACACUGACUUCCAAGCCACGCUCCGGGCUGUUGUGGAGCAGAGAAGCCAGCAGUAUCAGAACAUCUAUUCGAUUGCUGUGAGAUGGGAGCUGGAUGAUACAAAUGCCGAACUAGAUACCGCGCACUUUCAAAGCAUGCUGAAGAAUUUCGAUACUGAUCCAGCUGAGGUCCUGGUUCUUGGUUCUGACGAUGAUUACCCUGUAUACACCUUAUCAAGAGCCUGGCUCAAUUUUACAGCGAAAGCGAGACUCAACAACGAACGCAACUUGAUAAUAUUCCAUUAUGCAGGCCACGGAACAACCAAGAAUGGGUCUUUCAACAUUGCGGAAAACAUGAGCGAAGAAUCAAAGACCGCCAACUUCGAAAGGGCUAUCCUUGCAGACGUCAAGGACCCGAAGGGGUUCUCGGAUAUUAUUGAUAUCCUGUUCAUCCUUGAUUGCUGCUAUGCUCAUUACACAACCCGAGCACCAAAGACUACUCGCAACGUUAUUGAGAUUCUUGCAGCAACAAGCUCCCAGACAGUCACAGCAAGAUUCGCACCAAAUAACACUUUUACUGCGAAACUGGCUAACGAGAUUGCUCGAAGGAAGAAAGCGCAUCAUGAAAGUGUGGAGUUUACCAGCGUGUUUCAAAGCCUUCUCACCCGAUCAUCGACUAUAGUGAGACCCACGCAUGCCUUGCUCGUUGGUGCAGCUUCAGUUAACAUACCACUCAACGGAUAUAGAACAGUAGACCCGCGAACUAUUCCCGCGGAUUACAACGCUCUUUUUGCUGUUAAUAUCUCAAGAGAUAUCAUAAAAGAAGAGCUAAAAGAGCUCAGCACAUGGAUGCGGAAACUGCCAUCGUUCGCGGGAUUGAAGAUAGAGAAUAUCUAUCACACUCAAUCUAUGUGCUUGAUUAUGCGUGCUUCAUUUUCAGUCUACACCAAGUUACACAAUAUGCAAGGAUACAAUCUAAUUGCGGAAAAUCCUGGUCCGGCGCUAACUCAUCUCUUGCAACCUGAGCUGUCUGAAGAACCUGCUUCUCCUCCUUCCCAGCGGUCCAUGAUGUCUGAAAGGCGCUAGGUUUGUCCAUGAGAUACACCCGCGCUCUGGUUUUAUAUUUCUUAUUUUAGUGAAAUGGGGUUCCAAGAAUGUCCAAGAACCUAUGGGAGCGAAUGAUUCUACGAUCAGAAAC